AUGGCUCCUAGGAGGCAGGGACCAAGAGAUGUGCUGAAUUUCCUGCGCUCAGGGGACCUGCCACCCAGGGAGCGUGUUCCGGCUGUGUACAAAGAGGCCCAGUACUAUGCCAUCGGGCCCCUCCUGAAGCAGCUGGAGAACAUGCAGCCUCUGAAGGGCGAGAAGGUGCGCCAGGCAUUUCUGGGACUCAUGCCCUAUUACAAAGACCACUUGGAGCGGAUUGUGGAGAUUGCCCAGCUGCGUGUGGUCCAGUGGAAGGCCCGCUUUGCCAAGCUCAAGGUCUGUGUCUUCAAGGAGAAGAUGCCCAUCACCCCGUUUGAGUGUCCGCUCCUCAACUCCCUGCGCUUUGAGCGGAGUGAGAGUGACAGGCAGCUCUUUGAGCACCACUGUGAAGUGGAUGUGUCUUUUGGGCCCUGGGAGGCUGUGGCUGAUGUUUAUGACCUGCUGCACUGCCUGGUCAUGGACCUCUCAGCCCAGGGCCUCACCAUAGACCACCAGUGCAUCGGGGUGUGUGACAAGCACCUCAUGGACCACUACUACUGCAGGCACCCCAUCUAUGAGUUCAAGGUCACAUGGUGGUGAGUAGCCCUGGUAGGCAAGAGUCCCAUCAGGGAGGAUGUCCACCCUGCUUGGCAGCUCUGGGAGUAAGAUCCCUGAAGGGGCUGCUGACUGCCCCAGAAUCUGCCAAGGUGAGGACCAAGUCCUGAGGCACAGCUCCCAGGGGACAGAGGUGCCGCUCCAGUCUCCCUGGCUGCACCUCAGGGUCAGGCUCAGGGCUUGCAGCUGCAGGGACUUGGGCCUGCACUCACCUGGCCUUUCCUCAAGGCCUGGUAGUCUUUCCUUAAGGCUGAUAGCUAUGGCUUGACCAGGAAGUUCCCAGAGGUUUUGUCACUUUCUUGACCUUGCAAGAGAGUUUCUACCUAUUUUAGAGCCACAUUACCAAAUCGAUGUAGGCCUAAUCACUUCCUCAACCCUGUUCAAGUAUCUCUCUUUUGUUCUGAGUGUAUUGGUGUGCACAUGGAACAUGACGGGGGAUUUACCUGACUAGCCACCCCAUAGCCCCUGACUGGAGAAGAAAGAGCAUCUUCUCUCCCAUGCACUCCAUCUCCUCCAGCAAUAGUCCCCCACAUUCUUAAACUGUGGAAAGACUUUUCUUUUUUUGGUCUAGAAUAUGUUCUUCACCACCUUUUGGAGAUUUAAUCAUAGCUGCCAAAGCUAUGCACCCAGGUGGCCUUAGAAAACCACAAUGUUUACAGCACCGUCUUAGGGCCGUGGCUUCUCCUAGCUUCCACCACCUUUCUUGCUUGCAGGGUCAUCUUCUCACAGGACUGGAAUGCAAAUUUCAAAGGCUUCUUUUGAAGAUUCCCUAAGUCAAUCAGACAAGAUGCCUAGGUCUUCUGUUACCUUUGACAUAUAAUAUCCUUUUUAGAGGCUCAGAACACUUCCUUGGCUGCUAUCUCACGUGUUAGAAUCCAAUUUGUGGUGAACCUCUUUGGAAGGGGAUCCCCUCUUUAAACCCUGUUGCUCUCUCCUGCUAACAUUCUCCUUCUAGAGGAGCAUCUGUUCUGAGAAGAUAAAGGAAGGGCUAGGUGAGAGGCACAGCUAUCCUAGGAGCCACAGGAAGACAGAGAAAGCUUAGCUUUUGUUUUA